AUGAAAAGGUUCAUCUCUAAAAUGGCUGCCAUCGCUCCCCGCCGGUUUGCCCCGUUGAAGGAAGGAGGGGUCAACUCAAACGCCCCUCAGUUGAAAGGCAUCGUCUUUGACGUUGACGGAACGCUAUGUGAGCCUCAAACAUACAUGUUCAAGGAGAUGCGCGAUGCUCUCAAAAUCACGAAAUCCGUCGACAUCCUGGAUCACAUUUAUGCCUUGCCAACCACUGAAGCCCAGGAGACGGCGAUGGAAUCUAUUCGGGAGAUCGAGCGCACCGCUAUGGCUGCGCAGGUUGCUCAGCCGGGACUCAUCGAGCUCAUGUCCUAUCUCGACAGCCGCGGCGUUCGCAAGGGUAUCUGCACUCGCAACUUCGACGCCCCUGUAGCCCAUCUUCUAGGCAAGUUUUUGGAAGGUUCUCUAUUCGAACCUAUCGUCACUCGCGACUUUCGUCCACCGAAGCCUGACCCAGCUGGUAUUAUGCACAUCGCUAAGAGCUGGGGACUGGUCAGCAAGUCAUCAGAAGCCAUAACAGAUGGUGAAGUAAGCGGAGAGCAGGGGGAUGCGAGCGGGCUCAUCAUGGUUGGAGACUCUAUAGACGAUAUGACAGCCGGUCGCAGGGCUGGCGCAGCGACGGUGCUUCUUGCAAAUGAUGUCAAUGUCCAUUUGGUGGAUCAUGAGCAUACCGACCUUGUAAUUCACCGGCUGGAUGAGUUGAUCCCGAUCCUCGAAGAUGGUUUCUGCAGCCGACAGCCCGAUCCAGUAUAG